AUGGACCGAGUCGCGGCCAGCUUCACCAGCUUCGGCAAGACAGUCUCGUCAUCAGUCACCCCAUUCGCCGCCCGAAGUCAACAGUGGAUACGUGAGCAGACUGGCAAUGCAGGCGAGAAGACCGAGCUACCGCACGACUACAUCGAACUCGAAACACGGAUCGAAGCGUUGAAGCAGACACAUCAAAAGCUGCUGGCCGCUACCAGUCAAUAUGCCAACGAAGCUUACGAUUACCCGCCCAACAUUCGCGAGAGCUUUCAGGAUCUGGGCAAAAGCAUUGGCGAGAAGGUGAGCCUACUAUCGAAGUCGCAUUCAGUAGCAGAAGCGCAAGCCGCCAUGACCGCCCCGCCAUCCGCCAAACCGCAACCAAAGACCUUUAACCAUGCUAUAGCACGUGCCGCACUUUCUGGAUCCCAAGCUCUGGCAAUGGCCACCCCGCAAGGCAGCACCGAACCUGACCCUCUCGCACAAGGACUCGAGAAGUUCGCUAUAGCGGAAGAAAAGGUCGGCGAGGCGAGACUGCAGCAGGACGAGCACAUCCAAGCCAAUUUCUUGGCCGGAUGGAGCACCACGCUAAACCAGAGCCUGAAGGCGGCAGACAAGGCGCGGGCGGCUGUACAGGCGGCUCGUCUUUCGCUUGAUGCUGCGAAAAGAGGCGCUGCAGCAGGCGGCAAGCACGAAGAAAGCUACAGCGAGCAGCAGAAGCGGGCGAUCGAGCAGGCCGAGGAUGUGUUCGUGGAGAAGGUGGACGAGGCGACCAGCGUUAUGCGGAAUGUACUCGAUACGCCGGAACCGCUGCGGAAUCUUGUGGAGCUUGCGAAAGCGCAGACGGAGUUUCAUAUGCGCGCUGUGGAGAUUAUGGAGGAGGUUACAAGGAGCAUAGCUGAGGUGCAGACGGAGCAGGAAACAGGCUAUCGCAAAGCCAGAGAGGGGCAGUAG